UCGUCGAAAUUUAAUAAUACUCGGUCCAAAAGAACAACGAUAAACAUGAAAAAUAGUGGACAAGCCCUCUUCUCAUAACUCGCAGGAUCGAUAACCAAAUAAUUUGGGAUCAUGAGUCUUGAUGGUUAUACAGUGGAGGUUUCUAAUCUUUCACCUCGUGCAACCGAAAGAGACCUGUAUGACUUCUUUUCUUUCUCUGGGGCCAUUGAACACAUUGAGAUCAUCAGUUCUGAAAAUGCAUUUCCGAACAGAUCCGGAGAGUACGCUUCCACUGCUUAUGUAACAUUUAAGGAACCUCACUCCCUAGAAACUGCUGUUUUGCUUAGUGGUGCAACAAUUAUUGAUCAACAUGUCUGCAUCGUUCGCUGGGGACAGUAUGAAGAACCUUCUAGUUUUUGGGACAGGCCUACAUGGAGCGUUGAAGAUGACAAUGAUCCCAUGGCUUCUCAUAUGCACCAAUUCAGAACCACUCCAAGUGAAGCAGCAACAAUGGCACAGGAAGUAGUCAAGACCAUGCUCUCCAAAGGCUACAUCCUCAGCAAAGAUGCAUUAGCCAAGGCUAAAGCCUUUGACGAAUCUCAUCGAGUCUCUGCCACUGCUGCUGCCAAAGUGGCAGAACUGAGCAAUAGGGUUGGCCUCACCGACAAAAUCUGUGCUGGGGUUGAUGCAGUUAGGUCGGUGGACCAGCAGUAUCAUGUGUCAGAGACGACCAAGAAGGUGGUUUCGGCCACUGGGAGGACUGCUGCUUCUGUCGCGAGCUCGGUGGUUAACAGUAGCUACUUCUCUGCAGGAGCUAUGUUUGUUUCUGAUGCUCUUAGUAGAGCUUCUAAGGCUGCAGCUGAGCUUGCAAGCCAUGGCAAUGGGCAUUGAAGCCAAGGGCUUCUUUUUGUAAAUAAGUAACGAAGAGAAUUGGUUUAUGGUGAAGGGUUACAUUAUUAAGUGGCUUGUGUGUUCAGUUGCUGUGAAGAUCAAUAUUACUUGGUAUCUGUAAUCAUGUUGCCUGAAUGGACAUGAUAAACCUCUUCAGUUGUAUAUCAUAGCUAAUGCGAUCUGUGUCUGAUGUCCUGCCCUUUCUUUAUGCCGGUUGACCGAGUCAAAGACAGGAGAUUUGGGGGUAGACUAGAGAGAAUUUGGUUGUAAGCGAUAAUAAAAGAUUCGAUAAUUUGGUUGAAACUUUGUUGCUGUUGUUGUAGCC